AUUUCAGAAAGCCAGAAACUGCGAGAACUGUAAAGACUUAGGUAGAUGUCGGCUUUCAUCUUUGGUUGAUGAUCGCUUUGUAUUUAUUGGACGCCUAGUUCUCCAGGGAGUCAAAAAAAUUGGCUCCACAUAGCAUUAUAAUGUUUAUCUUAUCAUUUCAUAUCUCAAUCAACUCACCAAAUAUCAUUUAAUUAUGUCCAGCUAAUAAAAUAUCUCUUCUUUAUAACCACAGUAGAGGGCCAAAACCUCAUCUUAUCUUAGAGCAGAGAUGGGUGACAUCAAACGUUUACUCAUCCUAUUGAUCCUUUUAGUCAUGCUCUCGUCACAGUCCCUUCUUUCAUGCUCAGGUCACGGCGAUGAGGAAGCUGGUUUGACGAGGAAGCUUGGAGUAUUUAUAAAGAAAAGGGCAAGAUUCGGGAGACCUACCACUACCACCAGAUCUGCUUCUGCCCCAAGUUCGUCAGGCUCCUUCCAUAUGAUUGCUUGCCUUGCCACCUCUUUCCUGCUUGUUUUCCUUUUCUAGGUUUCUUCUACUGUCAAAAGUGGUUUUUUUUUUUUUUUUUACUUUCUCAACAAGAAUCGCUGUUGUAGACUGUAGACAGUACCACAUGCCUUUGCAAGUUGCAACGUCAACAAGAACUCUUGAGUAUAUAAAAAAACUCACAUAAAUUGAAUUAUACA